AUGAACGAGGUUGACCGAGAGCUCAACCGGGCUGAGGUCGAUGCCAUGGCAUCACCUGGGCCACACACCCCCCAGAGCCCUUUGAACCGCCGCAAUAGCAACGAAAUAGAGCGUGUCAUCUCGGCUUCCUCAGUUUCAACUGCUUCAUCUGUCUCGUCCGUGCGUCGUGCAACAGGAGCGGCCGCGGCAGCAUCGAGGUCGCGAGACGGGACCAGUCUUCGCAGCGUCGCUACCCAGCAGGACUUGGAGAGGCACCCUACUGUGCUCAGCCGCAUCCACACCGCACGCAGUCAACACAGUGCCACCGUUGGCCGGAGUCGAAGCGAUGCCGGCAGCACAAGCCGGAGGAGCUGGUUCAGGAGGACUACCUCCAAGGCCCUCCCUCCCUUUGGUGCCGGAAAGGAGUACCCGCCCCCUCUGCCCGACCGUGAGGAGUAUGUUGUCGAGUUUGACGGGCCAGACGAUCCCAUGCACGCACAGAACUGGCCCUUGAGCAAGAAGGCUGUGACCGCUGUAAUCCUGGGGUACACUACCAUGACAUCCUCUUUCGCGUCCUCAAUCUUCUCCGCUGCGACCAGGGCUCUUGCAGUCGAGUUCGGCGUCUCUACUGAAGUCGGCAUAUUGGGAGUGUCCUUUUUCGUGCUUGGUUUUGCCUUUGGUCCAACACUCUGGGCGCCCUUGUCCGAGCUCAAGGGGCGCCGACUACCGCUGCUGCUAUCCAUGCUUGGCUUCACCAUAUUCUCUAUCGCAACCGCCAGUGGUAAAGACAUCCAGACGAUAUUGAUUAGCCGAUUCUUCUCUGGCUUCUUUGGUGCCUGUCCGCUGGCCGUCGUCGCCGCCGUCUUCAGCGACAUGUUUGGCAACCGCACCCGAGGAAUAGCCAUAACCGUCUUCAGCAUGGCUGUUUUCACCGGCCCCUUCCUGGCUCCCUUCAUUGGCGGUUUUAUUGUCGAAUCCCACCUCGGCUGGCGGUGGACCAUGUGGCUCACGUCCAUCAUGGGCGCAGUCGCCCUCAUCUUGGAGCUCUUGUUCCUCGAGGAGACAUAUCCCCCCUCCAUUCUGGUGGCAAAGGCCUCCGAGCUUCGGAGACUGACGCUGAACUGGGGCAUUCACGCCAAGCAGGAGGAGAUCGAGAUUGAUUUUGUCGAGCUUGUCAACAAGAACUUCUCGAGACCCAUGCGAAUCCUGUUUACUGAGCCCAUCGUGCUGUCUCUUAGUAUUUACAUGGCUUUCAUUUACGGUCUCCUAUACCUCUUCCUCACAGCAUACCCGCUCGUCUUCCAAGGCGUCUACGGCUUCUCCGGCGGCAUCGCCGGUCUUGCUUUCUUCGGCAUGAUCAUUGGCCAGUUCCUCGCCGGCAUCGUCGUGCUCUUGCAGCAGCCGUGGUUCAACCGCAAACUCGCAGCCAAUAACGACGUCGCCGUCCCCGAGUGGAGGCUGCCAUCCGUCAUCGCCGGAGCCUUUGCCUUCACGGGAGGCAUCUUCUGGUUCGGCUGGACGGGCUACAACAAAGACAUACACUGGAUUGUCCCCACCGCUUCUGGCAUCCUCACGGGCUUCGGCCUCAUGUCCAUCUUCCUCCAGGCUCUCAACUACCUCGUCGAUGCCUACCUCAACUUUGCGGCAUCGGCCAUCGCGGGCAACACGUUCCUGCGCAGUCUGUUUGGAGCCGCCUUCCCCCUCUUCGCCGGUCAGAUGUUCAACGGCAUGGGCAUCAACUGGGCGAGCACCUUGCUCGGCUGCGUCGCUGCCGUCAUGAUCCCCAUUCCUGUCAUCUUUUACCUGUAUGGACACAAGAUCCGUGCCCGCAGCAAGUUCGCCCCAACUGGCUCUCCCAUUGAGCUUCAGCAGCACGAGCAGGAGGCCGCGCGCGAAUCCAGGGGGUCCUUGCCUUCUGCCGAUGCCGAGAUCAAAGAUCCUGUCCCGACCAAUGGCCUCAGCACACAGCCUCAUGUUCUGAGCAAGGACCAGAGCGCUGUUUAA